AUGGCGUGGUGUUGGUACUGUACCCCACGCUAUAGUGAGUUUGAAGAGCUUGAACGGAAAUACUGGAAAAAUCUCACAUUCAAUCCUCCAAUCUAUGGUGCAGAUGUGAAUGGCACUCUCUAUGAAAAGCAUGUUGAUGAGUGGAAUAUUGGCCGGCUGAAAACAAUCCUGGACUUGGUGGAGAAGGAGAGUGGGAUCACCAUUGAGGGUGUGAACACCCCGUACCUGUACUUCGGCAUGUGGAAGACCUCCUUUGCCUGGCACACCGAAGACAUGGACUUAUACAGCAUCAACUACCUGCACUUCGGAGAGCCAAAGUCCUGGUACUCUGUUCCCCCUGAGCAUGGAAAGCGGUUGGAGCGCCUUGCCAAAGGUUUUUUCCCUGGAAGUGCUCAAAGCUGCGAGGCUUUUCUCCGCCAUAAGAUGACCUUGAUUUCCCCUUUAAUGCUGAAGAAAUACGGAAUUCCCUUUGACAAGGUCACUCAAGAAGCUGGAGAAUUCAUGAUCACUUUCCCUUAUGGUUACCAUGCCGGCUUUAACCAUGGCUUCAACUGUGCGGAGUCUACCAAUUUUGCUACCCGGCGGUGGAUUGAAUAUGGCAAACAAGCUGUGCUGUGCUCCUGUAGGAAGGACAUGGUGAAGAUCUCCAUGGAUGUGUUUGUGAGGAAGUUCCAGCCAGAAAGGUACAAACUUUGGAAAGCUGGGAAGGACAGCACAGUUAUCGACCAUACUCUGCCCACGCCAGAAGCAGCCGAGUUUCUUAAGGAGAGCGAAUUGCCGCCAAGAGCCGGAAAUGAGGAUUGUCCAGAGGAAGAUGACAUGGAAGGGCUUGAGGAUGGAGAGGAGGGUGACUUAAAGAGAAGCCUCGCCAGACAUCGUAUAGGGACAAAGAGGCACCGAGUUUGUCUUGAAAUACCACAGGAGGUGAGUCAGAGUGAGCUCUUCCCUAAGGAGGAGCUGAGUUCCGGACAGUACGAUGUGACGGAGUGCCAGGCUGCCCUCGCUCCCGUGAGGCCCACCCACAGCUCUGUGCGGCAAGUCGAGGAUGCUCUUCCCUUCCCAGAUUAUUCUGACUCCUCUGAAGUCAAAUUUGAAGAGCUUAAAAACGUCAAACUAGAAGAGGAGGAUGAGGAAGAAGAGGAGGAGCAAGAAGCAGCUGCCUUGGAUCUUUCUGUGAAUCCUGCUUCUAUAGGGGGACGCCUUGUCCUCUCAGGUUCAAAAAAGAAAUCAUCUUCUAGCCUGGGCUCCAGUUCUUCACGGGAUUCUAUUUCUUCUGAUUCAGAAACCAGUGAGCCUCUGUCCUGCCGAGCCCAAGGGCAGUCGGGAGUUCUCACUGUGCACAGCUAUGCCAAAGGGGACGGCAGGGUCUCCGUGGGAGAGCCCUGCGUGAGGAAGAAAGGGGGCGCCACCGGAAGUAUCAGUGAGCGGGAGCUGGCAGAGGUAUGGGCUCUGGGCAGUGCUGGGGGGAGGAGCUGUCUGGCUGGGGCCCU